CCGCUGCUCUCCAGAAACCCGCAAAAAAGAAAAGAAAAAUACUUCCGUAAACUAAAGCCGGGUCGGUGUCCGGUCCGUGUGUGGCCAGCGCGUCUCCUCUGUUUACUGUUGGUUCCAGAGGUCCAGACUCCGGUCCGGAUGCUUGUCCCGGUACGUGAGCGUACACUGUAGUCCCGGGCCGGCUCUGUACGCUCCUGCGCGCUCCUCUCCCGUGAUCAGCGCGUGAUGAGGAACUGACGAGGACGACAACACAGAGGUGAGGACGACAACACGGCGGUGAGGCGUUCGGGUCGUGUCCCCUUGCUCCUUUUGUCCAGAUAUGUCUAUCGAGUGGAGCUCUGGGAUCGGGGCCCUGUCCCCGUGGGGGGGCCCAGCCUCCCUGCUCUGGACCCUACUGCUGCUGGUAGGUUUCUCAGAGUCCAAGCUGCAGCUUUCUGCUCCAGAGGCUGUCACCCUCCAACUGCUUCAUCAAGACACGGUCCACAUCAGCAGCAGUGCUCCUCUGAACGAGACUCUGAUGCUGCAUCUCAACGUGACAUCCAGCUCCAUAAGUAACUGGUCCUGUGUAGUGUCCUUGCCUCAAGAGGUUCUUCUGAGUGUAGGCAGCUCAGGGGCCUCGUUUAACGUGAGUGCACUGGCCGUGGGACAGGUCACCGCCUUCCUGAUCUCCAACUGCUCAGACCUCAGUGUAUCCCUGCGGAUCCGUUUCCUGGUCAUCCACAGUCACGUAGUGGAGCUGCUCAGUGAGGUGAUUGGAUGGAUUUAUUUCCUGGCCUGGUCGGUGUCCUUCUACCCACAGGCCUGGGAGAACUGGACCAGGAAGAGUGUGGUGGGGCUAAACCUGGACUUCCUGGCUCUGAACCUGACGGGGUUCUUCGCCUACAGUGUCUUCAACAUUGCUCUCUUCUGGGUGCAGACGAUAAAGGAGGAGUUUCUGCAGAGGGAUCCAAACGGAGUGAUCCCAGUGACAGCGAGUGAUGUGUUCUUCAGCCUUCAUGCCGUGCUGCUGUGUGUGCUCUAUGUGUGCCAGGCUGCGCUCUAUCAGAGGGGGGGGCAGACUGUCUCCUGGCCCGCUCGAGGCCUUUUGCUGCUGGGCUGGACCUUCGCUCUGGUCAGCCUCUUUCUGGCUGUGGCCCGGGUCAUCAGCUGGCUACAGUACAUCUACUACUUCUCCUACAUCAAACUGGCAGUGACACUGGUCAAGUAUGUGCCCCAGGCCUAUAUGAACUACCGCCGCCGCAGCACUGUGGGCUGGAGUAUUGGCAACGUGCUUCUGGACUUCACUGGAGGAGUGCUCAGCAUCCUGCAGAUGGUACUGCAGUCCUACAACAAUGACCAGUGGAUGCUCUUCUUUGGAAAUCCCACCAAGUUUGGACUGGGCCUCUUUUCUGUGCUCUUCGACCUGCUCUUCAUCAGUCAGCACUACUGCUUGUAUAGGACACAGUACCAGCCUGUCAUCGAAGAGGAGCAGGGUCCAGAUGAGGACUGUCCCAGGACUCAACCCGAACUGCACCAGGACUAAACCAGGGCCACUGUAGGACCAAUAGAAGUAUGGAUCAGGUGCUGUUGGUCCCCGUGCUCAGUGGCGCCUCCAGGAUUUUGACCCAAGGACAGCUAACUUGACCACACGGGUGGUUAAGAUUGAUGUCUUCUCUUUUUUUUUUCUUUUACAAGGGUGUAGGGUCUAUUGCUUUUGCAAUUUUUUGUCAACUGUCUUAUAAAGUUGAGCACUCUCGAGCUCCCCACGUCACCUCGCAAAACAAACAAAAAUACAGAACACAACAAAGUAUUGCAUGGAGGGUCAAAAAAAUGUAUGAAAUUUGACAGAAAAUUACUUUACAUACAUUUUUUUGAUAGAGAUGACUUAAACUAUAUGGUAUUUUUAACCUUGUUGCCACGGUGAUGCACAAAAUCUCCAAUGAGAUUUUGUUGGGGGAGAUCCCCAAAGUUCCCAUUCAUGAUAAUAUCAUGGAAUAUUGUGAAAUUUGCCACAAUGACUCUUCAUGUCAUCCUGAUCAAAAAAAGACAAUGACAAUCAUAUGGAAUAUUUCACUGGGUUGCCAUGGCAAUGCGCCAAAAUGCCCAUGUUAUCCUUAUGGCAAAAUUUCAAAAUAUUCCUACAUUUCAAAGUGAUAAAACAACUUAUUAGUUUCACUGAAGAACGUCACUUUUGAAGAACGUCACAUUUGGCACAGGUCACUCCGAGCAAAAAAGUCCAGGGGUCAAUGUCGUAUUUUGCACAGUGUUGCCAUGGCAAUGUCCCAAAAUGCUAAUUUUUAUCUAUGCUAGCACAUCAACAUCUUCAAGAUGUGCUGUUUGUGUUUAGUGAAAAAUACAGGCCAAAUAACACAUAAACAAAAAUAACACAGACACGUGUCAAGGCCAAGUGUGAGCCGCAACCCAUUGAAUGCUACUUGCAGUUUUAAUUAGUUUUUAUUUUUACAAAAUUAUGUUGUUUUUCUUUUAGUAGCCUUUUUUUUUUAUUAGUGGAGACUGUAAGGGUCACCAGAGAAUUUUUAAAAUGACAACCCACUUUUAUACUCAAAUCGAUUAAUUGUAGUCGAGUUUUAUUACAAUUUACCAUACUGAUGGUAACAUCAGAUAGAUUUGUUUUGGUGAACCAGAUUGCAACUUCAAGUUUUUCUUGUGUUUACUGUACUGAUUCACAGUCUGUACAAGGAAAUAGUACAAGGACAGUUAGAAUACAACUUCAACAAAAUAUAUUUUAAAACCUUAUUUAUAAUGAGCUUUUGUGUGUGAGAGAGCAAUGACCAAAACGCAUCCAAAUGUUCAGUCACCAGCCAGGCCAUCUGACAUGGCCGAACCUCAGGGGGGACAUUUAAAUUCCAGUGGUUACGCAUUGAGGACGCCUUGUACUUAUGCAUAAAGGGCAUUUUACUUAUUUUAUUGUACUUUUAUAUUAAUAUCACCUACAAAUGAAGCCUCACAUGUUUGUAAUUGCAGAUGUAUUUUUUCAUUGUAUUGUCUUUUAUUUGAAGCUACUUAAUACACCAUAUUAGUUUCUUCUGGGUUAAAGAGAAUACAUUAUGCUUUUUUCAGGUAUUUAGUUUAAAACUAAAUACCUGAAAAAAGCAACAGUAGCUCAGUUGGUAGAGCAUUUGCCCACUGAUCUGAAGGUUGGUGGUUUGAAUCCAGUUCUCAACCUAAAACAUUGCAGGUUGAGUGGUCAGAUCCACUGACCCACAGGUUGGCUGAUGUGAUUCCAGCUCCCACAGAUGAAUGUUGUCUUUGUGUCCUUGCCCACAGUGUCUGUGUACACUGGUGUGUGAAUGGGUGAGCGGUUCCUUUUUGUAAAGCACUUUGAGUGCCUUGAAGGUAGAAAAGCGCUAUAGAAAAAUGUGACCAUUUAAACUAACAUAUACUUGGUUCAUGAUCUUGGUUUUAGUUUAUUGUAAACUACAGUAUUGAUAUACUACUGUUAUAGCUGAAAUAA